AACAGCAUCCAGAGCCUGCCGCAGAGUCACAUAAUGGAUCUCGAAAUGAGCCCCGUUGUCGAAGGCAACGAGUACAUAGUGCCCAUAGGGUUCAACCUUACCCACGACCUAGGCGAGUUUUUAAACUGGCACUACGAGCAUGUCUCGGGCGUCGGGUUUGCCGGGCCAGAUGGGCGUCGCGUCUGA